AUGUCGCACGUUCCUGCGAGCGUUCCGCAAUCUCCUCUUUCACCGAACGGCAACGGCAACGACGCGCGCGAGUACCCGCGCUUGACAGCAGCUGCAGGUGGUGCGCAUGGCGAUGGUGGGGGCAGGCAAGGCGGUGGAGGGGGCGGCCAACAGUGCGGCCGUGCAGCAGCUGGCGCAAACACGGCACUGAGGCUGGAGGCAGUGGUGGGGGCGAGUGAGCAGGUGGUGGCGGGCACGCUGCACCGCAUCCGCCUCACCGUGCACCAGCCCUCCGCCACCGCGCCUGUCACGGCGCAGUACGAGGCAGUGGUGUGGGAGAAGCCGUGGGAGGGCUUCCGCGAGCUGCAGUCCUUUGACAAGAUCGACGGCGCCUAG